AUGACCACACGAACUCAAUUUGAAAUCACUACAAAUACAACCCUUCCCCAACAACAGCAGCACCAACAAAAUAUACCUUAUUCGCAACAACAAUCAUCCAAUAACACUGCCAAUCGUUUUGUAUUUUCUCAAAAUCUAGGAAAUACUUCGACCUUGCAACCAUUGCCAUCUGGAAACUCGCUAAGCAACAACACUACCAACCAUCAAGCAAUGAAUCAACAACAACAACUUCACAAUUCUCAACAAUCUCAACUUGUUUCAAACUCUUCCUCCACUUUCAAUAAUUCCUUCCCCCAACCUAAUUCGAAUGCAAGUAACAAUGGGUUACCUCAAGGUUCAAAUACAACCUCAAUACAAAUGCAGUUUCAACAACAACUCCAACAAUAUCAACAGCGACUAUUUGCAAAUAAUGCUAAUCAGUCGCAACAACAACAACCAAAUUCUACUCAACAUAACUCAAUGAAUGGAAGUGGAUACCCCUCGACACAGGUCAAUCCAAAUAUUCAAGAAGAGGAACUGAUGGACUGGAUUAAUGAUGGGACAACCACGCGCUUGUUACAGCAAGAGCUUCCUCCCUUCGAAGAUUUUGAAUUUGGAUGGUUUAAUCAAUAUGAGCAAGAUAACCAAGCUACUGCAACAGCUGCUGCUCAAAUGCUCAUGUCACAACAACAACAGUAUAUGAACGGUGGAAAUGGUAAUAACGGAAAUACGAUGAAUAUUCUCAUGCAACCAGGAACCAACGGUGGACAAGGUAUGAUGAACCCCAAUUAUGCCCUAAAUGCUCUAGCUUCCAACACAAUACAAGUUCAACAAAAUUCAAAUAAUCAAUUUGGUGUGGUGACGAACGGAGAGGAAGGUCUCGUCACUGCUCAAUGGAAUGUUACAAGUGGCGAGCAAGGAGAGGUCAACGAUCCUCAAAACAUACCUCUCGUUUAUGAUGGUUUGAAAAACAUGACCAAUCCCAACAAUGCUGUAUUUGGAGGAAUGAGCUCUCUGUACACCAAUCACACCAUCUCCACCACAGAAUCUAAGGGAAUUACGAGUAUUGCCGCUCUGGCCAAUAGUUUGUCAUUUAACAGCGAAACUUCACCUCAAGAAAAAAAGGGUAAGCGAAGUAAGAAGAUGAAUGUCACCUCUACAAAUAGUGCACCAACAGAAUACAACACUCAACAGUCACAACUAGGGUCGAGUUGUCAACUCAAUGCAUCCUCAUCUUCCUAUGACACCUUUGUUGAUUCUCAAUAUGAAGGACAAAGUAUUUUAGAUUUGGACGAAGAGACUCUCAGAGAGUAUGUCUACCUGUUAAUUCUUGGAGAGAAGCCACCAAAGAAAGGAAGUCGAUCAAAAUCACCAGCACCAUUUGAAGAAGAAGAUUUUUCAAAGCUGUUGGAUGCGAAAUCUCGUCUUUGUGCAACAUUUGAACAAUGUCGAAAAGAUAACAUGAGUGUGGUAAACUCUUUCAUGAGUCAAUACACUCCCUCUCUUGAUAUCAAUGCAGACGAUUCUCUCAAUAAUGAUAUGAAGGAACUUUUUUCGAAGGUGAAAUUAAAGUUGGAAAUGAAGAAUGAGGCCAAUAAGAGACAUUGUGAGCAAGUUCUCGUACGAUUGUUGUCUGAAUGGAUUUCUGUGGCCAAAUUCGCCUCAAGAUGCUCUGAUCGAGCAAGCAGCAAUGAUUCCUCAAGCAAUUCAAAGAAGAAACAACGUAGUACAAAUCGAAGACUCCCUAACGAAGCAAAGAAGAUUUUAGAGAAUUGGUUCUUGGAACAUUACAGACAUCCAUACCCUACGAAUGAAGAAAAACAAUGGUUGAGCGACCAAACACAAUUGAAUUUAACACAAAUCAACAAUUGGUUUAUUAACAAGAGAGGAAGAUCACUAAAAGUAGUGAAAGAAAAGCUCAAAGGAGAACAAAACAACUCGGACUCGGAAGAAUAA